AUGACGACAAACGUCGCACUCGAGACCUCAAUGGGCACCGUAACCGUCGAGCUCUACACCGCCCACGCCCCCAAGACCUGCACCAACUUCUCCACCCUCGCAUCGCGCGGCUACUACAACGACACCGUCAUCCACCGUAUCAUUCCCAACUUCAUGGUCCAGGCCGGCGACCCAACCGGCACCGGCCGCGGCGGCACCUCCAUCUAUGGCGAAAAGUUCGCUGACGAGAUCCAUCCGGGCCUCAAGCACACCGGCGCCGGCGUCCUCUCCAUGGCCAACGCGGGUCCCGACACGAACGGUUCCCAGUUUUUCAUCACCCUCGCUCCGACCCCGUGGCUCGACGGCAAGCACACCAUCUUUGGUCGCGUCAAGAAUGGCCUCAGCGUCGUCAAGAGAAUGGGCCUCGUCAAGACGGGGCCCGAGGACCGGCCCUUGGAGGAGGUCAAGAUCCUGAGGGCGUCCGUCGUAGAGGACCCCGGCGCGGACGAGGCGUAG